ACAAUAUCGGGAUGUUCCGUAAAAAGGUGUGGUACGGGCAGCAUACUCAUACCCAGACAGCGCAGGGCCCAUUUCUCAUGAGGAAUUACAUCAACUUCUCGGCUGUCAAGGAGCACAGAUCACGAGGACUUCUGGGCCAUUAGUGGGUCAAAUUUACAGAGAUGGGUGUUACAGGUGAUUUCCGUGAUCAAUUCAUCAAAUGGGUUGUUUCAGAGGGAGCCGAGCUCUCGCCGUAUAUCACCAUUGAUCAAUCAGAACUAGGAGGUGCUGGUGUAUUCUUUUCCUGGAGAAAGUUCAGGGAGGACCAUGGUUUGAUUGACGUUGAUGGUUGCUUAGAAGUAAUGAGGAUUCCCAAAAGAUUGUCGUUUUCUCUCGAUCGGUUUAAGGACGAGCUCCUGAUCCAGCAGCAAAUUUUUGAUCAAGAUUUGGGUGAAUUUGGGCAAGAUCCCUUGAACCAAUCUGAGAUCAUGACCAAGUUCUUGGAAACCUUCCUGACUCACUUCAACGAUACCGUUGAUCCCUACGUGAAAGGUGGUAUGAACGAGACAAACAUUCUCGUUGGCCAAGUGCAGAUGUUGGUCAUCUUGAAAAGAGUGCGUGCCAAACUCGUGGAGAAAGAUGCAAAGAACAAAGUACUUCAAGGGUCCCCCUUUGGUGAGCUCGAUGAGUAUCUCGAGCUACUGGAGAGGACAGACGUUACUGCACCAAGAACAGAUGAGUUCUACCCACAAUACCUCUCUCUAUUCAAAUACAAUGUCCGUGAAUAUAGAAGAGUAAUCGAGAGGUUGAGGUUUGAUUCGAUCUACGAGACCUUGGAUUCUUUCGGUGUUGAGUACCAGGAGUUUUUAGAUGAUGAAUUCCUGAGACAUAUUGAGCUUUCGGUGGUUUCAAGACUGUUGGAGAUUCCAGAGGCUUUGCCGGAAGAGGAGGAGAAAGGAAGGUACGAUAUCCUGAAUAAUCGGAAGGUCCUGAACCCAACCACAGUUUAUACUGAUAAUGACCCAGAUGCUACCGUCAUAGAACAAGAUGAUGAAGAUGGCGAUGGAAAGAAAUACGGAUUUGCAGUUUCUUCCACGCUUGUUCCAGUCAUUGACUUUGUCAAUCACUCUAACGAUAAGAUGAAUGCUUUCUUCGAUGUCGAUGCCUCCAAUGGUGAUAUCCUCCUGAGGCUGUUCAACGAGAAGUUCACUAGCGAGGACAACAUUCCCGAAUCAAUUGAACUGUUCAUCAGAUACUCAGACUAUGAAGACGUUCUGAAGUUUGUCACGGCUUAUGGCUUCAUCCCAAGAUCGGUCAAAGUACAACCGAUAUUCGAGCACGCCAUCGAUAGAGAGUAUCUCAAUGAAUACUUUGUGAGAUCUGAGAUUGACGGUCAGAAGUAUGAACAUAAUCUAGGUCUUUUGCUGAAAUGGAUAGGGGUUCAACCAAAUGUUCAAUUUGUUAUUCAGUAUAACAUCGAUGGGAGUAUCAAAGAUGUGAAGAUGAAUCUUGAUGAGAAUUUCAUCGUUUUCGGAUUUGUUGAAGGCUUGCAAUAUUCUAGAGAAGCUGCUUUAGCAAUUGUCAAACACUACAGUGAGUUCCAAAAAGAUGAGUACAUUGCUGAGCUUCUUGCACUCGAGGAGAGCGAUGCCAAUGACAUCAUUGAAGGAUACGAUGUUAUACCAUACUCUUGUGUCUACGUUGAAAAUGAGGACGUCAACCUCGAAACGUUGGUAUCAAAUUUACCGGAUGAUGUUAUUAAUGGCCUAAUGCUUAAGUUUAUGGGUUGGUUUGUUGAAUACAGCACUACUAGGAUCUCCCAGUUGGAUUCGAGCUUGGAGUCCAUCCCUGACACAUCCAUCGUUCACCAGUUUGCUGCUCUCGAGAAGAACGUUCUCCUCAAGUUUAAACAAGAGUUUGAAGCCUGUAAAAGUGAAGAGGACAAACUCGAACUUGUCAUUGGUGCAGAUGAUCUAGACGAUGAGUGGUUGAAACAUCGACUGAGACCUAGAAAUAUACCAUCAGGACAACGCCUGGAGUUACUCAUCAAACACACCAAUAUUGAAUCUCUCAACUUGUCCGAUAGCAGCGAAUAGAUGUGUCAAUUGGAUACUUUAGGGGUUACAAAGGAUCAAUGCACUUUUUGCGCUACUGCUUUGUUAUUCCUAACUCUCUUUUCUAGAUUCGUU